AAUGGCCUCUCCAAGCUACACAACUUCUUCAAAUAUUCCAAUCCCUACUUACCGAAGUAUCGGAAAUAAAGUUAUUGUCCCCGUUGGAAAACCUGCAGAUCAUUGUUUAUUAGUGCCGGUUACGUCAGUGGUUACUCCUGGAAUUUACAACAGCAGUGGAAUUAAUGAAAACAACAAUAAUGGAGGUGGAGGAGGUGAUAGUCCUUGGAGUGGGGCAUUUACUAAGACAUUUAUGAGAGGUGGCUCGUUAAGCAGUGCAAGCGGAAUGGAAAAUUCUUCUGGAGAAAAUAAUAAUAGAGGAGGAAAUGUUGGUUAUUUAUUAAGAGAUAGGCCUUUUACAAUGAUUAGUAAAUUGUCUGCAGAAUUUAUUGGAACAUUGCUUUUAACGUUUAUUGGUUCCCUUUCCGGUUUAAAUAUUAUAUCAAAUUCCAACGCUGUGUUACAUGCUGCUUUUGCUCAUGGAUUGACUGUGUUUGCUUUGGUUUCUUCUUUUGGACAUAUUAGUGGAGCCCAUUUCAAUCCAGCAAUUUCAUUAGCUGUUGUACUUGUAGGCAAAAUGAAGAUUUUAAAUGCUAUAUUUUAUUGGAUAUCACAAUUGGCUGGAGGGUUUUGUGGAGCUUUAAUUGUUAGGUUUGUGACAGACCAAAAACAAUAUGAUUCAAUUGCUGGUGGAGCUACUAUAGUCCCUCCUAAUCAACUUUGGUAUCAGGCAGCAAUGGUUGAAUUAAUUUUGACAGCAAUUUUAGCCCAAACAAUUCUUACAUGCGCUGUCGAUACAUCAACUGUUUCCAUUGCCCCUUUAGCUAUUGGAAUGACUGUUGCUUUGGAUAUAUUUGCUGGAGCCACACUUAGCGGUGCUUCAAUGAAUCCAGCACGAUCUUUUGGUCCUUGCCUUGUUGCCAGCUAUUUUUUACAAAAUGGGCCUGGCACAAAAUUAACUGAUCCAAUUUGGACUUCCCAUUUUGUUUUUUGGUUAGGUCCUUUGUUGGGUGGUGUGCUGGCAGCUUUUAUUUUCAGGACACUUUUGACUCGAGGAAACAACAGAAUAUGCCCCUGAUUUGAACGAGUCAUCGAAUAUUUGUACAUUCCUCAAAUUGCAAAU